UCACACACAUACACAAUGCGCGAGAGAGAGACCAGAAGUUAUAGCUCAUUAGUCAUUCAUCCAUGCAAUUAUAAUUAGCGCGUUAUAUAUAGAAGGAUUCAGACAGGAGUAUAUAUAGGUACGUCCUGGGUUUGCACAACUUAAUCGGUAACAUGGACUGCUGAAGCCCUUUCAUAUGCAUUAUGUCUGUUUUAGAUUUCGCACUUUCGUGUAUAGUAUGAAGGACCCUGAGUAGAUCCGAGCAACUGCAUGAGCGUUCUAUGGGCAACAUUUAAGACAAAAAUAAUCAUUUCGAUCGUAGACGCCGCACCGAACUAUACCCAUUCAAAAACGGCGACUGGGCGAUCAGAGGCUAGCUGUCCUCCACACACAUUUUGAUGACGUCACAUGUAACGGUCCUUAUGCAUACGAGUGCACGACACAUUUAUGGGGUCACAUGAUUCGCCUAAUUAUAGAAACUAGGUCAAGGCGAUCAAAGCGUAGCGUGGGUUUUAAUCAGCUGCUGGGUAAAAUCGGUUUCUGUGGUUAUCUUUUCAUGCAACUUAAUUCAUAGUGCCUUGCCGGGAAAAUGUCUUCAACGCCGUUAAGAAGGCCAGAGAAUGCAGAUAAUGCAGACACACAAUGCAAGCAACAAAAACUUCAGCAACGCAUUAUGAAGGGUGACUGGAAAGCUUUGCAGGAAAUGGUCAACCAAGGCUGGGCAUGGAACAGCCUCAGUUCUAACAACUCUUCAGACAGCCCCCUUCACAUGGCCAUAAAACAAAGAGACCUUGAGACUGUCAAAAUGCUUCUCACCUUCAAGGACAUGGUCAAGCUAACUAACCAUUACAUGGAGACAGGGCUACACCUAGCCUGUAGAAUGGGACUGUAUGACAUUGCUUUGUGUCUUUUGGAAGCUGGUGCCAAUAUCAACUCACUUGACUGUGAGAACUGCACUCCUGUUUUCCAUGCUGUCAGUGGCGGUAGCCUCCCUUGUGUGGAGCUCAUGAUCAACAUUGGCUGUGACUUGGACAUGUUGAACAAUGAGCUCAUUACUCCCAUGGACCAAGCCUUGCUGUACAACGACCACCAGAUUGUUGCUCAGCUCCUUCGUGCUGGCUGCUGUACAGAGAAACUGAAGGGCCACAUCUACUACCAUGAACACUGCUCAAACUCCUUUUUCUCUGCCUUGUGGAGCUCCAGCAGCGUGAAAAACAUGAAACUGUUUCUGGACUGCGGUUACUUUGUGAGUGCAAGUGAGCUGAAAACCCUCAAAGACUGUUGUCAGCAGCAGCUGCAAGAGAAGGAAGCGCUAGCCCUGCUGACCACUUUGACCAGUCAUCCCCCAAGCUUACUGUUUGCAUGUCGAGUUUCUGUUCGCAGACAUCUCAUGGCAAUUCGACAAGCCAGGCACACGCCCAUGAGCACAAUGAUCUCCUCCUUAGACAUUCCAUUGUUGUUUAAAGAUUAUUUGUUGUUGAAAGAGGAAUGAGUUGCUGAGUGGCAGGUAUAAGGGAGAGAUAGGAGAAUUUUACUUGUGUCCAUCAAUUUAUUCUUUCAAAGGUGCUUAAAAACUAUGAACAGUAUCAGUUUUAUUAAAGAGAAGAAAUAUAGCUGGAUUUUGCCAGGAAUAAUAUCAUAAGCACAUUGUUUAUAAGGUCGUGUGUAUGAUUACUUAUAUUGUCACAUUUUAUUUACGAUAAUAUACGAGUGAACUUAUUGUUGCAUAUUUUUUUUAUUUUUCUUUUGUUUUUACUAUAAUGUGUUAAGUGAAAGUGGGAAAAAAUGCUCUAGAAAAACAAAAUCCUGCUGAUAGCUUGUUUGAAGCUUGUAAGACAGGGUUGCAUAUUAUCACCAACAAUCUUCCUGAAGGUCUUAGACUGGAUUAUGUGCAAGACAACCCAUGACAACAACAACAACAGUAUCAAACACCAAACAGCAAAUGCAGCUGGAUGGGACACAGCCUGUGCACACCAGCUGACACCAUUGCCAGGCAGGCACCUGACUGGAACCCUCAGGUGAAGAGGAGAGUUGGGAGACCAAAGCAGACUUGGAAAAGAACAGUAGAGAGCGAGGCAAAAGACGUCGGAACCACAUGGGCCCAACUGAGGGGUUCUACCCAAAACUGGGUUCGCUGGUGAGGGGUUGUUGCUGCCCUAUGGUCCUCAAGGAAUAACAAGGAACAAACUAAACUAAAUUAACUCAAAAUCUUUUGUGCAAUAUUUGUACGCUUUGAUUAAAGAGAAUCUUGUUCAUGCCUUCCAGUUUCAGAAAUCUGAAAUAUUUUGUUCUUUUCAACUUUUUAAGCUUUUACUCAAAUUCGGUUUUUUUCUGUUGCACUAUUUCCAUUGCAAUACCCUGACAGAUAAAAUUUGAACAUGAAAUUAAAGUUGUGUUUAUAACUAUGAUUGAAGCAGGUGUAUACAGUUUUAAAUUUAUAUUGUGAAAGUCUUAGCCAAUGAGAGAGCUGGGACUAUAUUAUUUAGUCAUAUAUCUGUGCAUAAACAUGAUGUAACAAUUUUGCCUUCUUUCUCUGCACAUUUUUUUUUUUAGGUAUGAAUCUCAGAAACAGAAGGGGUGUGUUCACCUUGAUAGGGAGUUCCUUGCACUGAACUUUACCAAAUCAUUAGAAAAAUUGUGCACACCUUUAGUCCCUUAAGAAUAGUCUAAAUACAAUUCAUUUGCUUGUAUCUCUUUUCCAUCUCAGUUUGAUUUAUGUUCAUGUAAGCUUUCAAAAAAAAAUUGAAUGAUGAAAAAGUGUUGUUAAAAUUUAGAAUGUACAAGGCUGUAUUGCAAAAGACUUGUCAAUAAAUGCACAACACAUAAUGAUAAAUAAAUGCAAAAUUUGUAUAGCGCACACUUACACUCCUAAAAAGCAUGGUUCUAGUGCUUAAGAACAAGAACGAAACAUGGACAGGAAAACAAACAAAUAGCAUAUGAGCUAUAAAAGAAUACAACCGUACUAAACAAAGAAUAAAAUCAAAUACAGAAACACAAAGAGGAACCAAAGAACAAGAGCUGAGAGUAACAUGAUAUUCAAAAGGAAGGGUGUGAAAAAGGACUGACAUUAUGGGUAAGGUUGUUAGAUGUAAUGUUUACGGAAAAGGUGCGCUGUCAGUGCAUGUUGAAAGGAUUCAAUAGUGGAAUCACUGGAACAAAUAUGGCUAGAAAUUUGUUGAAGAAAAUUAAUAUUAAUAGUUGAUACUAUAGAAUUUCAUCAAUAAAUGCAUAUGAAAAAGCAAGGAAUAACAUUUCUCAUGUUCAUCUUAGACAAGUAAAAGUGUUUUCAUUUCUGAACAAUGAAAACUUUAAUGCCAAAUAUCAUAUACUGCUUCCAGCACAAAAAGGGUAAUGUCCAGUUAUCUCCCUUGUUUUAUAAAUUCACAUUUUUUGGUCUUUUCUUUUUUAGCUUAUGCUCACAAAGACACACACACACACACCUAAGUAA